UUGCCAAAGAAAACAGUCAAAAUGAAUCGAUUGAGCGCAUUUGCUUCGAUAGUGACAGCUAUGAUGGCAUGCAUAGGAACCUCCAUUGAUGCGAAAAUUAGGUUCCCUGAUCAUUCUGGAUUUGAUUGUGAAGGUGAAGUCGGAAAAGGCACUGUGGCCCAUCAAGUUAGAUUUCCGAACGGGACCGUUGAAGUUUUUUGCUGUUAUCCGCGGAACUGUACAGGAGGUACAUUAAAAUUCUGCAAAAAGGACAUGGAAAAUGAUACAUGUGUCCCUUGCCAAGAUGGCUGUAAUUACCAUGUAAUUACUUCGCACAAUUUAUUCCAUAUGGAAAAGUUCUGCAAAGACCCCUGCAAAUACGCCAUUCCUGUUGUGCAUUUUUUUGCAACUCAAUACACAAAACAAAGAGGAGAUACAGUGACUCUUCAACCGAAAAUAUACAGUGACUACACACUCCAAGGAUUAUGUUGGAAACGCGAACAUUCUAGUGGAAGCUAUGAUUUAGCUGGUUGUAAUUCCACUGAUUUUGAUACAAGAAAAUACGAGGUUGGACAUUCUCAAGAUCCCUUUCUGACAAUAAAGGACCUAAACUUGUCUGAUCAGGGGGUAUAUCAACUCAGUGUAUGGAACGAGAAUGGAGUAUCCAUCGUUUGCAAUGUCACGUUAAAUAUCACAGCACGUCCUAUCGUGGUUAUGCAAAAAACCGUCUACGUCGAUGAGGGAUCAGUGCAUACUAUAAGAUGUUUUGUUAAGGAAAUUCCAGAACCUAACUACGUUAAUAUGACAUUUAGGGGCAAAGAUGGGCAAAAAUCAGAAAAAUUUAACAUUAACAUUCAACCAGACGGAGAGGUCACACACAUCAUUCAGAAGGUUUCUACGAAAGAUAGUGGAUACUACACAUGCAGUGCAGAAAAUACAGCAGGCAGUGGUGAAAAUACCCAGCAAUUGAUUGUCUAUACAAGGCCACAGAUUUCCUCGCCUGAAGAUGGGAAAAUUCUGACAUGUGAUGCUGGAGAAUAUAUUUCAACAUCUGUCUCGGUAACGUCAAACCUGAAUCCUUCGAACUUUUCGUGUCACCAAUUAAAUGGCAAUUCAAAAUUGUCGUGUAAUAUUACUCACAGAAAAGACAACUUGGUGACCUUUAACGUCUCCAUUCAAAACAUCCAGCUGUCUAAUACUGGGAGGUAUAUGUGCAUGGCUUCUAACCGGCUAGGGACGAACAACAUCACCAUAGAUAUCAUCGUAGAAAGGACAGAACCCAGAGUCCCGGUGACAAAUGCGAAUGAAGGCAAUAUGAUCCUUGUAUGGGUAAUUACUGCAGUAGCUGUUAUUUUCGUGGUUGGCAUACUGAUUUGGCGUUGUCAUAAACGCCGAGCGGGUAAUGAUCGAAAUGCUACAGGCGGAACAUCUGAUGCUGACCGUCAAAGUGAAAGAGGAGGCGAAGUACAAAUGGGUCUUCUGCCUGCCAAUGGCGAACAUUAACAGUCCAAUUAGGACAUUGGGGUAUCUAGUGAUGACUCUCUAUUGCACAAUAGUGCUUCACAAGGUUCCGGUGAUGACUCUCAACUGUCCAGUGGUAUUACACAAGGUUCCGGUGAUGGCUCUCAACUGUCCAGUAGUAUUACACAAGGUUCCGGUGAUGGCUCUCAACUGUCCAGUGGUAUUACACAAUGUUCCGGUGAUGUCUCUCAACUGUCCAGUGGUAUUACACAAGGUUCCGGUGAUGGCUCCCAACCGCCCAGUGGUAUUACACAAGGUUCCGGUGUUGACUCUUAACCGCCCAGUGGUAUUACACAAUGUUCCGGUGUUAACUCUCAACUGCCCAGUGGUAUUACACAAGGUUCCCAUGUUAACUCUCAAUCGUCAAGCGGUAUUACACCAGGUUCCGGUGUUAACUCAACCACACGGUGGUUUUAAACAAGGUUCCGCUGUUGACUCUAAACCACCCAUCGGUAUUACACAAUAUGUCGCGAUGAACUGUGAACCGCCCUGUAGUAUUUCACAUGGUUUCGGUGAUGACUCUUAACCGCCCAGUGGUAUAAUACAAGGUUUCGGUAAUAAAUCUCAACAGACUACUGAGGCUUCAUUGUUAUCUCAUUGACUUGAGCUUUUAAUAAGAAGUAAAUGGCUAAAUCUUAAUCGAUUCACAGAAUGAAACUAUAGGCUUCUAAAUGUCCGAUUUCGCCUAGGUGAAGGGCUUGUGUGCGUGGUCAGUUUUCAACACAAUGUGACUCGAUUAGGUGUAAUGUUACAGUAUCCGGUCGUGGCAUUACAGUGUGAUGACACUAUAAAAGUGUAUUAACUAACCCAUCAGCAAAGGACCCCGUGUUUUUUGGGGG